CGGCAGCGGCGGCGGUGGCCGAGGCGGGACUUCACGAUGAGAAUGAUUGAGAGCGUUGACUCCGUGGUCACCAGGUCCAGCGAAGACCUCUGGGCUGAAAUCUGUUCGUGUCUGCCACAUCCCGACCAGAAGGAUGCUAGCGAUGCUUUUACAGACUCCUUCAUGGAUUCCUACACUGACGGAGGAAGCCAGGGCAGUGAAUCAGGUGGCUCUUCCCAAACAAAUCUGAAGCCCUGGGCACCCCUGAAUGAUUCAGAGGUGUAUUUAGCAUCCCUAGAGAGAAGACUGAUGAGAAUUAAAGGCUUGUCUCAAGAGGUGACCUCCAAGGAUAUGCUGCGCACUCUCUCCCAGGCUAAGAAGGAAUGCUGGGACAGGUUCCUGCAGGAGAAGUUUGAGUCUGAAUUUUACGUAGAGGGACAUGACUCUGAUGAGAGCACGCUGGAACAUCUAAAGCGAUGGCUGCAACCUGAUAAAGUGGCAAUCAAUACUGAGGAGGUACAGUACCUCAUCCCUCCAGAAUCUCAGCCAGAGAAGCAGGAGACCGAGGAAGAACCUCCAGCUGCGGAGCAGUGAGAUACGCGCCAGCCGUGCCGCAGAGCUGCCUCUUGUCCGAACCCUGAUGAAGUUGUAUCAGCGACAGUAAUAACGGGAGGGGGAGCGGGGGGCAAAAGUGCCAAUUAUCAGUCAUUUAAAAAACAAAAAAAAGCCCAACACACACACACAGAAACCCAGCUCUGCACCUCCAGAGACAGUGACUGGCAUUUGUUACGGACAAGAGUGAAACGCCUGUGACGCAGCGUAUGCUGAACUGAAAUCUUACUUUGAUCUUCUCCCAGCCUGUAGCAACCUAAUCAUUCCAGUCUGAAUGUGAAUUGUUUGUAAUUCAUCAGGAGACAUACUGGACAAAAAAAAAAAAAAGCAGUUGUUCAGAAGCAUCAGAAAACAUAAUGGUCUAGAAUAGAACAGAUAAAACCACUGAAUCAGUUUUUCUUCCUGUCUUGUACCUUUUUUAUUACUCAGUUGGGCAUUUUUUUUAAUUUCCUGCAAAGUCCACUGUGGUGUUUUCUAUAGAUCUUCACUAUUUAAGCCUGAAUUGGCCCUGAGCUCUGAGGAAGACAGAUGUUUUUCACCUACAUGAAUCUGGAACCCUAGAGGAAGCUAUCCUUGCAAUCAUUAAAUUGAUGGUAUCAUUGCCAUUGUAACUAUUUAACAUUCCUCUCUAUGUAAUGUACCCUCCUACCAUAUCCCACUUCAUUGGCCAAACUCUCUAUUAUAGAAUAGACUGGAGGGGGAGUAUUUUUUUUUUUUCUUGUUGGUCAUUUUGUACCUGUUCCUCAUCCUUCAGCCUUUCCAAAAGAGGGUCAGAUGAGAUUCUGUAUCGGGAAACCAAGCGCAAUAACCAGGGAGGCUACAAAUAACUUGUUUUCAUCACAGACUUGCAUAGAAUUACCUGACUUUAAAUAUGUUCUAAUAUUUAAUUGUUUUUCAUCCUGUUUAACGCCGCAGAGGGUUAUUCCCGUUACUAAUCAAAGAAUCUGUAAUCAUGUACUUGUGUAAGACUGAGUCGUCUUUAACCUGUGCUUUCUGUCUUGGCAUUGACACUAAAGGUCGAUAGAGGGAAGCAGCAUACAUCUUCUGUCAGAUAAAGCCCGUUAAGACAGAAAUUGUGGGGGUAGUUCUAGUAGUUUAUGCACACUGGGUUCGUACCAUGUUCAUUAUGUAUCUGUAUGAAAAUACAUUUUUAAAAGUAGCUUCUUGAUAGAC